AUGCCUUCCGCCGACGCUCAGAAGGGUCAACUCCAGACCGUACUGGAGAACAAGGGCAUCCGUUUCCAGUUCAAGACUGGCAGUGCCAAGUAUGAGUGUCAUCUACAGGACCGCUCUACGUACGAGCGCACGAAGGCGACGAGGACAAACUCUACCGACUCACAGACCAGCUCAUCAUCUGCUUCGACCACCAGCAGCUCCCACUAG